UCCGCAGUCAGCUGCUGUGUGAGGUGCGCACCAUCCAUCGCACUGAUAGAGACAGCAAGAGGAGGAGAGGAAGAAAACAUACAGCACACGGGCGAACACUCAGGAGCAUCAUGGCACCGAUUGGAUUAAAGGCGGUCGUUGGCGAAAAGAUUAUGAAUGAUGUUAUCAAGAAGGUGAAAAAGAAGGGAGAAUGGAAGGCUCUGAUAGUGGACCAGCUCAGUAUGAGGAUGCUUUCCUCUUGCUGCAAAAUGACCGACAUCAUGACAGAGGGCAUCACCAUUGUUGAAGACAUUAACAAGAGAAGAGAGCCUCUGCCCUCCUUGGAAGCAAUUUACCUGAUCACCCCAACUGAGAAGUCUGUGCAGACUCUCAUUAAUGACUUCAAAGAUCCUCAUACAGGGAAAUAUAAAGCAGCUCAUGUGUUCUUCACUGACACUUGCCCGGAUCCCCUGUUUAAUGAAGUGGUCAAGAGCCGGGCCUCUAAAACCAUUAAAACCCUGACUGAGAUCAACAUUGCAUUCCUGCCCUACGAGUCCCAGGUGUUCUCUUUGGACAACCCUGAUGCCUUCCAGAGCUUCUACAGCCCUCAUAAGACACAGUUGAAGAACCCUGUGAUGGAACGACUGGCCGAGCAGCUGGCCACACUGUGUGCCACACUGAAGGAGUACCCUGCUGUACGAUACCGAGGGGAAUACAAAGAUAAUGCCACUCUGGCUCAGUUGCUUCAAGACAAACUGGAUGCCUAUAAGGCAGAUGAUCCCACAAUGGGGGAGGGUCCAGACAAGGCCCGCUCUCAGCUCAUUAUUCUAGAUCGAGGUUUCGACCCUGUCUCCCCCGUCCUACACGAACUCACCUUCCAGGCUAUGGCAUAUGACCUGCUGCCCAUCGAGAAUGACGUCUACAAGUAUGAUACCAGCGGCAUAGGUGACUCUCGCGAUAAGGAAGUCCUCCUGCAUGAAGACGAUGACCUCUGGGUGGCACUACGACACAAACAUAUCGCUGAGGUGUCUCAGGAGGUGACACGCUCCCUGAAGGAAUUCUCUGCCAGUAAACGGAUGAGCACAGGAGAGAAGACCACCAUGAGGGACUUGUCUCAAAUGCUCAAGAAGAUGCCCCAAUAUCAGAAAGAGCUAAGCAAGUACUCUACCCACCUGCAGUUGGCUGAGGACUGCAUGAAGCACUACCAGGGAACCGUGGACAAGCUGUGCCGUGUAGAACAGGAUCUCGCUUUGGGAACAGAUGCAGAGGGUGAAAAGAUCAAAGACCCCAUGAGGGCCAUCGUGCCAAUCUUGCUUGACGCCAACGUCAGCACCUAUGACAAGAUCCGCAUCAUCCUGCUCUACAUCUUCCUCAAAAACGGGAUCACAGAGGAGAAUCUUAACAAGCUGAUCCAACAUGCCCAGAUCCCUCCCGAGGACAGUGAGAUCAUCACCAAUAUGGCUCACCUGGGCGUCCCCAUCAUCACAGAUUCAACUCUCCGCAGAGGCAAAAAGCUUGACCGUAAGGAGCGUGUGAGCGAGCAGACCUACCAGCUUUCUCGCUGGACCCCGCUGAUUAAGGACAUUAUAGAGGAUGCUAUCGAUGAGAAGCUGGACACCAAACACUAUCCGUACAUCUCAACACGCUCAUCCUCUUCCUUCAGCACUUCUGCAGUCAGUGCCCGAUAUGGCCACUGGCACAAGAAUAAAACCCCUGGAGAGUACCGCACAGGCCCACGCAUCAUGGUUUUCAUCCUCGGAGGCAUGUCCUUUAGCGAGAUGCGCUGUGCCUAUGAAGUCACACAGGCAAACAGCAAAUGGGAGGCCAUCAUUGGUUCUACUCACUCGCUCACCCCCACCAAAUUUCUAAUGGACCUGCGGCACCCCGACUUCCAAGAAUCCACUAGGGUAGCCUUUGAGGAACCUGAACCCUCAGACGAGUGAGAGACAGAAAGAGGGAAGGGUGGAAAGAGAGAAAUCUCACUGACAAAGUUCCACCCAUGUCGUCUCCCCCACCAUGCUCCUCGACACUCUCAAGGCCAUGAACAAACCCGAUGAAGAGCAGACAAGCUAAAAUCACAAUCCCCCCCCCCACCCCCUCUCCCUAUUUGUCCAUUAACCUGUAAAUCGAACCAGCUCCUAUAUAAAUUGUGUACGCAUCUUGCUUGAAAGUAAAAAAACAAAAACAAGAGAAUAUUCUAUACAUUUGUGUGUGUGUGUGUGUAUAUAUAUAUACACGCACACAUACACACACACAUGUAUGUG